UUCGGCUUUUCCUUAGUUAGUCCUGUUCGGUCAAACCCAAUGUCUAAAUCGGCUUCGCCAUUGGUCCAUACCACGCUGGUUCGAGAGUUAUCCUGCGGCGGGUAUCCUCCAGGACCAAAGGAGUAGGGAGGACGUACACACAACGGAGAGAACGACGUCGUGAACCGUCAGUUUACUUUCGGUGCUAAGCCUGAAUAGUCGUAAACGUUCGGCGCUAUUACAUAAAAAAGUUCCGAUAAUGGAGAGAUAGAUUUUUAGCGAUUUAUUUAUUUAAUAUAUUUUUCUCUCAAUUUCGCAGUUGUGGUGAGUGCAGUGAAAUAACUCGAUUGCAUUUCAUUUAGAUCAUGAAGGUUUUAAAGUUUUUGGUGUGUUUCGCAGCCCUUUGGGCUAGUACCUUAGCCAGGAACAGGUCGCCUCUUUUAGACGAAGAUAAGGGCCUGACGAGGAACAAGGCCGCUGAAUGUAUCUUUGGAAAGGAAAUUCGCGAACUCGGUUCACAAUGGAUACCGGAUUUGGGUGUUCCAAUCGGCGUCCUAUAUUGCAUGAAGUGCGAAUGCGUUCCGUUCCACAGGAAAAGAAGGAUAGUGGCCAGGGUUCAGUGUCGUAAUAUUAAAAAUGAAUGUCCUGAACCGACUUGCGAUGAUCCAGUUUUACUGCCAGAGAGAUGCUGUAAAACUUGUCCAGGCGACAAUAAAAAUGAACCCGACGUUAUACAAGAUAUCGUCCCACAAAAUGUCAUCGAAGAGGAGGAAAGAAGAAUAAAUCAUUUCGGCGCGCUGCUGACCGGCAGAUCCUCCUUGGACCUCAGAAACGAUUCGGAUUCGAAGGACUUGAACAAGAACAACGUGGUGGCUACUGGAAGAUUUACUUUCCACAAAAGGAACCUUCAUUAUUCGUUUUACAUAUCGGAAAAAGCCGCCAGGCCAAGAUCGCUUCACUUCUUGGACAACCAAGGGAAUAUUCUGGAAGAAUUCACCCUAUCACACGCCGGAGGUUUAGUCAACAGUCUUUACCAAAACGCAACCAGGAAAGUGUGCGGUAUAUGGAGAAGAUUACCAAGAGAUUAUAGAAAACUAUUGAGAAACGAAAAAAUGUACGUGGUGUUGAUAUGGGGCACGAAGGAAUCGGAGUUUACCCUCAGCGGAAGAUUAAGCAAGUACGUUUCGCUGGCAUCUGAGCAAUUCAGUUCCUUGUUGGAACCAGCUCCAGGUACCGAUUCCGCGAAAAUGGCCGGUUCCGGCGGUAUGGCUAUAGUAUCUACAUUAUCAUCUCCAUCACCGUCCAUACACGUAGCUGUAAUAUUUAACGGAUUGUUUACCAGCCACGAGAAUUUCGACGUGCCGAUUAACAUCAUCUUAGGACUGGACGAAAAGAAGCAAAUCCUCCUCGAAGAGAAUAUCAAAGUGCGCAAACCCGCAUCGGAUUUGAACUACAUUGAAUUGAGCUCUCCGAUCUCUUUGGCGGAUUUGCGCUCGUUGUCCAGAGGAAGGGUGGUUUUAACAGUGUCUUCACUAUCAGAACCGAACAACUUGCGUUUGAGCGGGAACGUUAUCACCAAAAUUACCUGCGAAAUAUUCCAAACGACGCUGAUAGGAGACAAGGAUUUAGCCGGUGUCACAACAGGACUCGCUUGGAUGUACUUGAACAACCAAGGAGCCUUGAUUUACAACAUCCAAAUCGAUAACGCGCUAAACGAACCGCACAUUAAAUCAAUCACUGUGACUUUAUCGGACAUUGCCGGCAAGAAGAAAGCCGAAGUAUUGACGCCACGCUUCGAUUCGGGUUGGGCAAACGGCACCGAGGAUCGAAUGGUCCACAAAGUCCUGGAGCCUCUGUACAACAACAGGCUCGACAUGCGAGUCGGAGUGGGCAACGGCACCCUCCACGGCCACUUGAACGCCAAGCUCGUCGCCGAUGCUCGAGACGCGCCCGCCCCGCUGCUGCUCAAACGCGAAAACUACACUCUAUCCACGUCGGUGCUCGGAUUGGCCUGGGUAUCGGUCGACAACGAUUGCCACAUCCACUACGACGUCUCGCUGUCCGGACUGGGACACGAGAGGAAAAUGGAAGUCUAUUUGGAGAUGUAUCCGAUCAUAGCGCCCGGCGCGCCGGUGCUUCUGAAGCACCUGGAAGACUUCGAAGGCAACUCGGUGGAGGGGAGCCCGCUGGAAGCGCUAACCAAAGAGGAGCUGGACAUGCUGGACAGCGGCGUGACGUUCAUGAAGAUAAAGGACUUCAAUUCGAAAAUCGUGCUGUUAUCGGCGACAAUUACGAAGUUGACGUUACCGAUAACCUGUCGACCACUUUACAAUAACAACGUUCCGCUGAUUUACGACGUUCCCGGCGGUCGUCCCACCGAAGAUUGCUUCUUCGAAGGCAAAUUCUACAAGAAAGACAGCACUUGGGUGUCCAAAAACCCUUGCCAAAUGUGUUUCUGCCAAGACGGACAAACCACCUGCGACAGAAUGACCUGCCCGGAUCUGAAAUGCCCCAGGAACAACGUGACCAUACCUGGCGAGUGCUGUCCAGUCUGCAGCGAUCCGGAAAUAGUGAAGAGCAACAAAAAAUGCUUGUUCAACGGCAUGAUAUACUCGUCGGGCAGCAAAUUCCACCCGUUCCUCAUACCGCUGGGCUUCGACGACUGCACGGUGUGCACCUGCGAUCCGGUGGACUUGGAGAUCAAGUGCCGCAGAAUCGAAACGAACUCGGCCAAAUGCGGCAAAGGCUCCGCCACGGAGACGCCGGAGACCCUCCGGGACGACGACGAUAUACCGAUGGGCGGCUGGCCCAUGAUCCGCAAGGAAGACGUCUCCAACUCCGCCAUGAUACUGAAAGAGGGCGGCUGCAAGAACAACAACAACCCCGAUAAACCCUACAAGAACGGCACUUCUUACCACCCGCACAUCGCGUCGCUUGGCGAAUACAAAUGCGUUACCUGCAAAUGUCAAAAUGGUACACAGAAAUGCUCGCGCGAACGGUGCGAGUGGAAGAACUGCAAGAUGAUCUUCGACUUUCGAAAAGGGCGAUCGAAAGCGAACAAGCGGAGCCAGUUUCUGUACUCGGACUACUGCUGUUCGUUGAAAGAGUGCCGGAAGAUCCGGCACAAAAAGAAGAUAGAGGAGCGAUCGUCGCACAAGCAGUGAAGGAGGACUCGACGAGGUACUUUUUUUUGUUUGAGACGGACUGAAAGUCCCAAGUUACCCGUAACCAAAGAAGACUGAUGAUCAAGUAAAAAAAAGAAAGAAGAGCCGAAGUGUCAUAUUUAUUUUGUACGUCGUAGGUUAAAAAUACUGAACGCUACACGUCCAAAACUUGCCGCAUUGCGAACAAAAUAAUUUUCAUCAGUAAAUUUUAGGACAUAUCAUUAUCCGAAUGUGCGACAGGUUUUGGACAAUUUUACUUUAUGUAUAUUGUAUAUAAUUUAAGACCUUUAAAGCAAAGUCAAACGAGAAGAGAGAGGUUUUUGAGAGAUGAGAUAUUAUUUAUUUAUAUUUUUGUAAGUUUUUUUUUGCAAUAAGGUUGGUUCUUUGACUGCGCUUAUAAAAAUAUUUAACUAUUUAUUUGACAAGAAUUUUCAACAUAAUCGUAAAUUAUUCCAUAGUAAAUUUAUGUACGGCGGUUGUAUUGAAAACCCAGCAUUUCUAUCAUUACGGCAAUAGCCCAAGUUGCAAGAAAUAGGUUUUCAAGCUGCCCUGCAUAAGCACGUUUCUAAGAGAAAUUUAAUUCUCAAUACUCAUUAGAGAAGAAGGCUGAUAGAAUGUUGUUUUAGGUGAAAAACCGGAAGAUUUUUUUUCGGUUGUAUAAUAUUUAUACCUUUUCUUAUUAGAAAAACAUUCGCCUGGAAUAUUUGUUUCAAAAUUCCAACAGAGCGAAUUUCUUUCGGUUUUUCGCCGGUAUUGUGAAUGAUGUAUAUCUAACGUGGUAAGAAGUGAAAACUACGAUCAAAAUUUUAUCCGAAACAAUUUCCAUUUCCCUUACAAUUAUGUGAGAUAUAAUGCAGAAAACAGAGGAAGAAAUUACCUUACAAAAGAUCAUCUAGAGGUUGAAAACUUGUACAAUGAUACACAACAUAUCAAUAAAAUAAACUCGAUAUUUUGUAAGGCAAAAAAUAUUUACUCUCCAAAUGCAUUAACCUUGCAAUCCCAUUUUGUUGCUGUAAAAUAAAUGAUGUGAACAACUCUCGUAUUAAAACGAGAAAAUUAAGAGAGAUUUUUUUUCACAUAGUGCAAAAAAGAAGCUACUAAAACUGAAAUCUCGAAAUCUCUCCAUCUCUGAGCCCUUUGAUAAAUGAAAAUUGUUGCAAGAAUUUUGAUCGAUGUAUUGUUUUUAACAUUAUACUCGUAGUAGGACAUAUCAUAUUUAGUGCCAUUGUUAAUACAAAUAUUAGGUACUUAAUCUGUUUAAAAACGUUAAUGUUAUGGUAAUUAAUAUCACCUUGGGUCUAUAACUCAUAUAGAGGAGCAUUUAUGUAGAUUUGCCCUUUGAGCUCGUCCAAUACGAACAAUGUUAAAGGAGGAAAUUUGUGUCGUUAUUGAAAUUGGAGUAUUUUUAAAUCUAACGUUAUUAUAUUGGGCGAGUUUUACUGUUGGCAAAAAAUGUACAUUGUUGUCGUUUGGAAUCUCCAUUUUUGCAAUACUACAGUAUUUCGCUGAAUUAAUAACUAUAGUGUAAAACAUUAGUAUUUCAUUAGUGAUUGUGAUUUUUUUCAUGAAAUUUUGUAAAUAGUAAUUUUUUCGUUUCGUCAGAAAAAUACCCUUAUACGCUUUUUAAAUUGUGUCUACUGAACCAAGCCUCAACCAGUGAGGGUGGCGUAGUCACUCCCUUGUAAAUUUUUCUAGUGUAAGAUGUAAACCUGCAGGACGAACAAAUAUCGUAAUGAGAUAAAAAGUAUUGUUAAAUUUUCUGUAUUAUACCAAACAUUUCGGAAAACAUUGUAGGGGUAUUUUAAACAAAAUUAAUCACUGUACAAGAUAAAUUACAAUAUUUGUACAUCCUGUACUAUAUUAUAUAGGAAAACAUAUAUAAACUAACUUUUUAAGUUUUAAUAUGUAAAAUAUUGAUACAUGGGCCUCAUGUUGCAUUUGGUACGAUUUUUAUGUAAAUAUUUUUGGCAAAUGCAGUAACAGAGUUAAAGCUGUACGGGGAGCGUACGAUAAUUUCAUUAGGGCGAUUUUGCUUUUGUUCAGACUAAUCGUCUAUUUAAAAAUUCGCCCCAUUGCUUAAUUAUCGCAGGCUCCCUAAAUUUUCUUAAUGUACCUGCUAGCGGAAGAAAUAUAUGCUUAAUUAAUACACCAUUUUUUUAUAUACAAACCAAUUCCUAGUAAAUUCGAUGUCCUUAAGAAAACAAGAAAAAAUAGGAUAAUA